AUGACCUCCAGCGCCAGAAAUGGAUCGCCGUCACCCUCCCCGGCGCUUCCUAGUACUACUACCCCUGCAGAACAAGAAUCCCGAAACACCAUGACAACGGCCAACAACCCCGGAGACUGGGACUCCUCCGAGUCGCGACCGCAACCUCUGUCCAACGGCAAAGGAGUUGGCAAUGGCAUGGUUGCAAAUGGUCAUCAGAGACCUUCCACUUCAUCGACAGCUGCCAGUGCCAACAAUGCGAGCGCCAAAGACCCUCUUCGCCCAAGGAGGAAGAAGGCGAAGAGAGCUUGUUUUGCCUGCCAGAGGGCACAUUUGACAUGUGGGGAUGAGCGACCUUGCCAGCGAUGUAUCAAGCGUGGGCUACAAGAUACAUGUCACGACGGCGUACGGAAGAAAGCUAAAUAUCUUCAUGAUGCCCCGAACGAAGCUCUCAUACCAGGCAUUCGAGGAAAUCUCUACAGUCAGGCACAGGCGGCGCGAAAUAAAAUCAACACCAACUCGCAACAACGAAAUGGUACCAAUUCUAACAGUGACAACAACAGCACCAACACCAACAGCAACAACAAACCUUCGCACCAAGAUGUCUCAACCAAUUUCUUCUCGACGCCGUCUACCAAUAACUACAACACCGUCUACACCCAGGCGAAAUCGCGACAAAGCCAGCACAUGCCCUCCAGAGUAAUGCAGGAUGCCACAAUGAACCCCAGCGCAUUCCAAGCGCAGCCCCCCGCGUCACCCACUUUUGAUCUCUCCUCCAAUCCGCAAAAUCACACUCUUUCCCCGUCUAUGGCGCAAAAUUCCGGCACUACCCCAUCUUCCAGCGCCUCUCAAAACCCCGAUCCCUAUGGCCCGACAUUCUUCGACCCAAGUCACCCUGCACUGUUCAAUUUUGACAUUGCCAGCAUGAAUUUUGGAAAUCGGUAUGGGGCUUUGGAAUUCGGAAUGCUAGGUCAUUUGGCUACGGGAGCCGGAGACACUCCGCCCAGCGACUCUGCCACCCGGCGCGGAUCAAUUGGGCGUAGUUCUGGUACAUUUACGGUGCAAAACUUCGGAGAAGGCUCCAGCAACCAAUCCCCCUUCCUAUUUGGCGGCGACCCGGUGCUCAAUGACUGGAAUCCGGCUGGGCAAGGCCAGACCAAUUCCCGAAAUAUCUACAAUCAGAAUAGCGUCUCAGGCCAGAUGGCUGAUCACCCGCACGCGUUCGCCAUCGAGAGUGCGCCGAUGAAUUUUGCCAGUCCCAGCUCGACGGAAAGCCCGCAGAUGACAACAGUAACCCAAUUUGAUGAUCCCAGCGUUAAUUUCUCAUCCAGAACCACUCUCAUGCCUCCAACGAAUACCCAACAUCAGCAGCAACCACAGCCACCACGAAUAUCGACCCCCAGCCUCAAAAACAUGCAAGUAGGUGUGAAACGUCGCUACCGCAGCCCCUCUUCAAUCUACGAAAGCGUCAAGGAACCGUACUCCUACACAAGUGGCUUCCACAGCCUGACGGCCUUCAUCCAACGGCGCUUUUCGCCACAGAAGACCCUGCAAAUUGCCAAGGCGCUUGCAUCCAUCCGCCCCUCAUUCAUCGCCACGACCAAGACGCUAAACCAAGACGAUCUUAUAUUUAUGGAGAAGUGUUUUCAGCGCACACUCUGGGAAUAUGAGGAUUUCAUUGAUGCGUGUGGGACGCCGACGAUUGUUUGUCGACGGACGGGAGAGAUUGCCGCUGUGGGAAAAGAGUUUAGCAUCCUUACCGGAUGGAAGAAGGAGGUAUUAUUGGGCAAGGAGCCGAAUUUGAAUGUCAAUACGGGCGGUUCUUCUUCGUCUGGUGUAUCGUCGCGUGGUAGCAGUACAUAUAACUCGCGCAACUCCGCAACGAUGACGGUGAUGGACAAUCAGAGUCUACCCACGGGGCGCACGCAGCCGGUCUUCCUCGCUGAAUUACUAGAUGACGACAGUGUGAUUGAGUUCUAUGAGGAUUUCGCGAAGCUGGCAUUUGGUGAUUCGCGGGGUAGUGUUAUGACUACGUGUAAGCUGUUGAAGUAUAAGACGAAGGAAGAUGGGGUAGGAUUGUUUCGGAAUAGCAACGGGGAGGUGUCUGCUGCUGGUGGUGGUGGCACCGCUGCCGAUGACACGGACGCCAAUGAUGGCGCUGGUGCUGGUGCUGGAGACGGAACGACAUCAGCAGUUAACGGUGUCAGUAAUGGCAGUGGCAAUAACGCGACCAACGUCAAUGCCAAUGGAAAUGUCAAUGUCAUCCCAAACGAUCUUUCUGGUGCGUCGUCUAUGAAGUUAUCCCCGAAACAAGCGUGGGGCAAGAGUCGGAUUGCCGGUGAGGCUGGGAUGAAUCAGUUGGGAUUCCGAGAUGGGAAGGUCGAGUGCAGUUACUGCUGGACGGUUAAGAGAGAUGUUUUUGAUAUCCCUAUGCUUAUUGUAAUGAAUCUGAAGGCUUAA